AUGAAUUAUACAUUCUUCUUACUAUGUCCGGUAUUGUUUGUUAUUGGAUAUGUAUUUCCGAUUAUACCAACGACCGUUGAUAAAGACGGACUAUUGAAUGUAUACUUCGUUAAAUUUGGUUGGUUUUGGACAUCUGUGGUAUCAGGUUUGUGUAUAGUACGUUAUUCGAGACUUGCCAAUCAUUGGAAGCGAUAUAUUUUACUUUCGCUAUGGUGGCUUGUUUUCACUCAAGAAGUGUUCGGAUUAACACCGUUAAUGGACCUUGUCUUCUUGAAGAGUGGCGGAUACUGUUCCUUUGAUGUCCUAGAUCAGAGUGACAACGUGCACCAUUUAAACUUGAAAUUCCAUGAUAAUGAGUAUAGGAGGUUAAGAGGGCUGCGACGUAUGAUUAAAUGGUUGGACAGUGUUGAUGGCAGCGAUUCUUUAAAGAAUGCCCUCCGUUCAAUUAUAAAGGAUGACAAGCUUGAUUACAACCCAGGAUUGAUCGGAGAACUCUCUGGGUUGUCUAGAUUAGUGAGAUCAAGCUCUGGGUGUUCGCGUGCUGGUGGCCAUUGGGUCGGUGGCCAUGAUCCCAGUGGACAUAUUUUCUUAAUUACUUUGAUGCUGAUGUUAAUGUUCGGAGAAUUGUCCCGCUAUCAGGAGCGGGCUUUUAGACAUCUUUCAAGGACUUACAAAAGGUUUUUCAAACGUGUUGGACAAUUUUGCAUACAACUUUUCGAUAACGGCGGCCUUGUAAAUGUCUUAAUGCAGGAUGGGGGCUCUCAAUGGUGGUACAAACUUUUUGUAAAACCUCCGCUAGCGUGCUAUAAAACGUUAGCUUCGUUGGCAUACCUGGUUGUGAAAUUUGUUAUAUGGGAAAACCCCAUUUUGUUGCUUCUAACUUUAACACUAAUGUGGUCAUACUCAUUUGUGGUAACUGUGAUGCUUUUCCAUACACUUCCAGAGCAACUUUCAGGAUUUUUAGCAGCGUACGUCGUUUGUAUUAUAGUUUAUCAAUUAGUAUAA